GCACCAGAUCGACUGGACCAUCCUUUCAUCCCCGACGAGAGACUCGUGCUCGAGAAAAAGAAUAACAUAUACACGUGCGACAGGUGCGGAAAGGACCAUCUUACUGCCGCCGAGGGUACCUGGAUCUCCAACAGCACGCGCCAGAUGGUCGCUCAGAAUAGACCUCAGGCUUACAUCAACGGUGCCAACAUGGGGUGGCAUUGCGCUGUCUGCUGGAUACGCCACCUCGAGGACAAUGGCCUCCCUGCGCCUGCCGGGACGAAGCUCGCCGACAGAGUCAGGGAACACGAGCAGCAGAUGUCGGGAACCAGCAACGACAGAGCGAGCGCCCUCCCUUCCCUGGGGCACCUUCCGCUUGGCUACGGCUGCAACCCCCUGGCGGACACGUGGAGGUUAGCCGAUCUCUUCAUGGAGCCGACGGGCACGAAG